AUGGCGGGCAGCAACUUCCCUGCUGAGCCCAAGAAGCUCCAUCCAUUCUUCACUGCGCCGAAACCUCUCGAAUCCGAUCCCCGAGUCUCCAAACCCGUCGAGACGAAUACUCUGUCUGAGGAUCGCUCCGAAGCCUUCGAAGUACAAGAAACAGGUGGGGAUAUAGAAGAACAAGAGAACAAUAUGCCUGGGCGCAAGAGGCGUAAGGCAGCAGAGGAGGCCGAUGAGGAUUGGGGAGGCACCAAAAAGCUCAGACGAAGUACAAAGAAGGAGGCUCUACCAUCAGCCUCAAUCAUGAAUCACUUCUCAAAAAUCAACAGUCAGAGCGUCAAGACCACUUCAGACGCUCCAGAACAGCAGACUGGCCAAAAGGGCACUCCCCUCAAAAAAAUCCUGCAGCUCAAUCGAAAGACAGGGACCAUCGGAUCCCCACCACAGGCCAAGGGGUCGAGACUCUCCAAGCAGUCAGCAAGAGACGAAAAUGUUACUGAGGACCAGAAAACCACAUAUACCUCUAAACGAAACAGACGGAUGACCAGGAUCGCUACCAUUACGUAUGGUAUCGAUGGCGCGUCUAGAAAACGCAUAGGUGAUAAGAUCGACACGAUCCUGUCCUCGCCGGUCGACCCAAGUCUGCAUCCAAAGACGAACAUGAGAAAGCAGCCUCGGGGUUCACAUCCUUUCUUCAGGGGCAAGCCAAAAAAGACGAGUGCCUCGUCUCCGACUGCAACGGCCACUUCAAAAGCCACAGAGGCUACAAAGACGAAGCCAGCUGCUCUCUCCUCGCGGCCAAAGAUUUUCAGCUCCACUCCAUGCUCCCCAAGAAAGACUCGAGUUGCACCGUCCAGCAUGCCUCUGCCUCAAUUCGGUAUGAAAUCUUUGGGUCUCAAAACGCCAGGUGCGAGGUUGCCUGUUUGGCCGCCGAAAGAUAUGGUUCAUAUUAGAGGCGAGGAUGAUGCCUUCUCUCUACCACAUAUCUCUGAAAAUUCAGUAAGCGCUCGAAAAUGCAAAGGCAAAAUCAUCCAUAUCAGCCCCGAGGAGAUGAUUUUGAACGACCUUGCGGCCAGACUUGAGAUUCCUGGGGUUCUUGAUGACCUGAGGGCCGUUGACGACGACACUUUCCAGCCGCCGCCUCCAGGGCUUCGUCUGCCUCAAAAAUAUUUUGAGAGUGGUUCAAAGCUCGAAAAACGCAUCUUGCGCGAAGUAAGACAUGCACAACAUCCAGCCUUGGCUCAGCUGCGGGUGUCAUUAGUGACAUCUCUCGCUGCCUUUGAUAGGUUCACAUGCGAGUCCGCGUGCUGGGCUCAGAAAUAUACUCCUAAAUCUGCAGCAGAAGUCUUGCAGUACGGCAAAGAGGCUUUUCUCUUACGAGAUUGGCUGGAAGCGCUCAAAGUUCAGUCCGUGGAUACGGGGGAUUUGAAAGCAAAGCCGGUCAAGUCGACAAAGCCACCCAGGAAGCGACGAAAGAAGAACAAGUUGGAUAGCUUCAUUGUGAACAGUGAUGAAGAAGCAGACACAAUGGACGAGGUUUCAGAUUCUGGGGAAGACUGGUCGCCAGACAGACGCUGCGCUAAGAAGACGGUUAUUCGUGCCGGCGACGCCUUGACGAGGGAUCCCAAGGAUUCCAGACGAUUGACGAACGCGGUUGUCAUAAGCGGUCCACACGGUUGUGGCAAGACGUCAGCGGUCUACGCUAUCGCAAAGGAAUUGGGAUUCGAGGUCUUUGAGAUCAAUGCGGGCAGUCGCAGGAGCGGCAAGGACGUUCUCGAGAAAAUUGGCGACAUGACAAGAAACCAUCUAGUCCAGCACCACCAGACAGACGCUUCAAGUCUUUCCGUCAACGAGGAAGCAGUGGCCGAGGACAUCAAGUCGGGAAAACAGGCGACCAUGAACUCGUUCUUCAAAGCCAAAACCACGCCUCUCCCAGCCAAGCCGAAGAAGGUGGUCAAGCAAGAGUUGUCGACACUGCCAAAGGCAGACCCGAAGAAAACAAGCCCAAAACAUCAGAAGCAGUCUUUGAUUCUUUUGGAUGAGGUUGAUAUCCUCUACGAGGAAGACAAGAACUUUUGGAGCACGGUCAUGACUCUCAUCGCACAGUCAAGACGUCCUUUCAUCAUGACCUGCAGUGACGAGAACCUCGUCCCUCUGCAAGCUCUGAAGCUCCAUGGGAUCUUUCGCUUCAGCACACCGCCGGUUGAUUUGGUUGUGGACCGCAUGCUUCUGAUUGCGGCUUGUGAGGGUCAUGCUUUGCGCCGGAAUGCAGUUGAGGCACUCUACGAAGCCCGUGAGCAGGAUCUGCGUGCCUGCUUGAUGGACCUGAAUUACUGGUGUCAGUUUGCUGUUGGCGACAGACGUGGAGGUAUUGCCUGGUUCUAUCCGCGCUGGCCAAAAGGCUGCGAUAUCGAUGAGCAAGGGAAUAUUGUUCGGGUCAUCAGCCAGGAUGCGUACGUGGAAGGGCUAGGGUGGCUUGCCCACGAUGUUCUGGCGCUCGAGACGGAUACUGCGAAGUGUGAGGAAGAGCUCCUCCAUGAAGCCCGGGACUGUUGGCAGAUGGACAUUGGCAACUGGCAUGAAUCCCUCGAUUUGACUUCUUGGGCCGCUCAGCAGGAUAGUGCUUCGCCACAAGAUCGACUGGCAGCCCUGAAGAGUUACGAAGGCUUUACUGAUGCGAUGAGUGUCGCUGACUUGUCGUCCUCCUUGGCGUUUGCGACCUCCUUUGAGGAAGCAAUCGAUUGGACUCUGCCUGAGAUUACGGACAGAACUCGGAACGACUACAUCCUAGGUCGGCAGCUAUUGGACGCAUCUGCUGCCUCAACCCACGACCCACUUGCAACGUCGCUGCCCAUCAACCUGAGAUGCCUUGCCCGAAAGAAUCUGCGAGUCUCGGUGCCUGGAUCACCAUCUCCCCUUCUGGAACCCCUCGAUGAGACCAGAGUCCUCACCAAGAUUCGGCAACGCCCGACAGCAGCCUGCGUACCGGCCGCUCUCACCCGCGACGAUUUCAGCGACGCCUUUGACACGCUCGCCACUUCCGACAAAAGUAGCACUUCUUCAACGAAUCUAGACUUUUCGGUCUUUGACGGCACCUUGGCCAAUGUUGCUAUUGACGUAGCGCCGUACGUGCGAAGUAUUGUCUCGUUUGAGAGGGAGCUUCAAGCACAGCGACAUAAGCUCAGCAACCUGUUGAGCCAAGGCGGCACCAAGAGGCGCAAGACAAGGGCCUCGCAUGCGGCAUUGGAAGGCGGCUCGAGGACCACGACACGGCGGGACAAGUGGUUCGAUGCCGACCUAAACGGGGUCCUCGUCAUGCGCACGGCAGGCGAGGGAGAUGUGAGCUCCCAGACGGUCCUCGCUGGCAGCCGCGAUGAUGAAGCGACUAGCAGCUCGGGCGAGACAGAGGUGGACUGA